UAAAAAGUGUUGCUGUUUUCCUUAACGCUCAUAAUGAAUGAGCAAGACGUCAUCAGGGGGCUGCUCUAUCUCUUUCUGACAGUCUUGGGAAUCCCAGGCAACCUGAUGGUCAUCGCUGCCUUCUCACACAUAGCCUACUUCGACCGCAAGCUCCUGCCAGCUGACAUCAUUGUCCUUCAUCUCAUGGUGGUCAACCUCACGUUGGUGGUUCAACGCUGCCUCUUUGAGACCUUGGCAUCUUUCUACGUGGUCAACAUCUUCACCGACCUGGGCUGCAAGAUUGUCAUCUACGUCUACAGGACCUGCAGAGCUCUCUCCAUAUGGCUGACCUUUGUGUUGAGUGCAUUCCAAUGUAUCAGCAUUGCUCCCACUGGCUCCAAGUGGUCCAGCAUCAAACUCCAUGCCCCACAGUACCUGGUGGGAGUCUUUGUCUUUAUCUGGAUCUUGAACACCUUCUUAAGUGCUCCCAGUGCAAUCUUCUCCAGCAGCAAGGACAGUAACGCCACCUCAUUGAACCACAGCAUCAACAUCAUGUUCUGCUUUGUGAAAUAUCCCAGCGAGUUGUGGAAGUCAUCAGUGGGAGCCGUGCAAAUCGCCAGGGACGUGGUCCCCAUGACCCUCAUGCUCCUGGCUAACAUCUUCAUCCUCGUGAUUUUAUACAGACACAGCAAGCAUGCCAAACAAAUCAGGAGCGCCAAACAGAACCAGAAGGAGUCGGCAGAGAUGAGAGCAGCCAAAACCGUGGUCACUCUGGUCACCCUCUAUAUCUUGUUCUUCGGGAUAGACAACAUCCUGUGGGUCUACACCUUGUCCAUCAGCGAGACUUUGGCCACUUCCAUCAUCUCAGACCUGCGGAUCUUCUUUGCUUCCCUCUACGCCGCUGUCAGUCCCAUUGUUAUCAUCCUGUCCAACAGGAAGGUGAACAACAAGCUGAAAUGUGUAGCGGUAGACCAGGCACCUCAGAGCUGUGAGACUGUGAAGACAACAGUUUAACGGUGGACUUGAAAGGUUAGUUGUGCAGAAGAUCAGAUCCAGCUCUCUAGGACAUCUCUUAUAUAUCUUAAUAUUCAUCAUAGUUUAUGUUGUAUCCAGGACACAACUAAAUUGAGAAGAUGACUGGCCAAAACAGCACAACAAAUCUCCAAACGUAAGAGAGUAGCUUGUAAAGCAGAGUAGAACCACAGACCCAAACAAUUUAAGAAUGUUUAACCGUAGGUACGGAAUGAGAUGUAUCUCACAUACAAUAACAAGUGAUGCUGUAGUAAAUACAUGUUUGAAAAUAGCGCAGUACUUUGCAGUAUGGACUCC